CCAGAAUCUUCUGGCGUUAAAGAGGAUGUUGAGCUCCCCCAAAUCAAAGAGGAGGAGGAGCCAGAGUCCUGUCAACAGAAGCAACUUCCAAUUAAAAAGGAGCAGGAAUGGCUGCCAUGCGUUAAAAAAAAGGAAGAGGAGGAACAUAUCACUAGGUCAAAUGGUGAGCCCUUGAAGAGUGAAGAUGGUCCGAGUGAGGCUGGCAGAGGGGCGGAGCCUCUAAGCGGCUGCGGCAGCAGCAGCUCAGCAGAAGGAUUGCAGGCAGGCAUUUUCAUCGCUCCAUCAGACAGAAGUGGCACCAUAUCACACUCACCUUACAAUGAUGAUGGUCAUAAGAAAUCUCACCGUGACGACAAACUCUGCAAAUGCUCUCAGUGUGGGAAAACCUCUGUUAAUAAGUACACUUGUCGGACGCAUAUGAGGAGUCACACUGGUGAAAAACCUUUUGCCUGCUCAGUUUGUGGUCAAGGAUUCUCUCAAAAGCAACACUUAAAAAACCACAUAAAAACCCACAGUGGCGAAAAACCUUUUUCCUGCUCGAUUUGUGACCAGAGAUUCGCUCGAAAGCAACACUUAAAAAACCACACAAGAACCCACACUGGUGAAAAACCUUUUUCCUGCUCAGUUUGUGAUCAAAGAUUUGCUCAAAAAGGAAAUUUAACAAAACACAUAAGAACCCACACUGGCGAAAAACCUUUUUACUGCUCAGUUUGUGGUCAAAGAUUCACUACAAAUGAAAACUUAAAAAUCCACUCAAGAACCCACACUGGCGAAAAACCUUUUUCCUGCUCAGUUUGUGAUCAAAGAUUCACUCACAAGCAACAUUUGAAAGUACACACAAGAACCCACACUGGUGAAAAACCUUUUUCCUGCUCAGUUUGUGAUCAAAGAUUUGCUCAAAAAGGAAAUUUAACAAAACACAUAAGAACCCACACUGGCGAAAAACCUUUUUACUGCUCAGUUUGUGGUCAAAGGUUCACACAAAAGGAAUACUUGAAAGAACACACAAGAACCCACACUGGCGAAAAACCUUUUGCCUGCUCAGUUUGUGAUCAAAGAUUCUCUCACAAGCAAUAUUUGAAAGUACACAUAAGAACCCACAGUGGCGAAAAACCUUUUUCCUGCUCGAUUUGUGACCAAAGAUUCGCUCAGAAGCAAACCUUAAAACAACACACAAGAAUCCACACUGGCGAAAAACCUUUUUCCUGCUCAAUUUGUGACCAAAGAUUUGCUCUAAAGGGAACUCUAACAAAUCACACAAGAACCCACACUGGCGAAAAACCUUUUUCCUGCUCAGUUUGUGGUCAAGGAUUCGCUCGGAAGGAUCGGAUGAAGAGACACGUGUGUGCUGCUGUGAGAAGCAGUGGCCAAUGAAUGUUUUGCCAGUCAUCCAUGAUGCCUUCAUCAGAUUUUGCAUGCAGUUUAGGUUAGGGUUGGGGUUAAGUUGGUAUUUGUGGUGCACUUUAUUUUUGUCAUUGCAUUUUUGUUUGGCCUUUGCCAUUUUGUGUUUUUCCUAUUCUGGCCAUCAACGUCUUUCCCUUGGUUCUCUCACCGACUGGCAUUAUUCAUAUCAUACUCUCCCUUUCAAACUACACUUUUCACAUUUAAUAUUUGAAACCGCAGACCCCAAAUUCAAAAUCAUUCAUAAAUAUUGUCAUUAAAUAAAUCUGGAAAUUUAGAAUACAUUGUUCAAUAUUGCAAAAAUAAUUAAAAGAAAAAAAUACUGGCUCACAAAUGAGUUUUUUGU